UUCGGUGUCACAUGUUGUGAGCCAAUCAAAUGCAGCCCUGUUCCUGAGGGCAGGGAACCUGUUUUAGAUUCUUCACAUUGAUCAAGACGUCCACAUCACGAUGACAUCUUUGGCUUUUGCCCCAUAUCUAAUGUUUCUGUUUCUGUGGAGGAUAGUCUUGGCAAGUGACCUUCAGGUGUCCUUACACAUGUGCCAAGAGAGAGAAUUUAUAUCAAGGAGUGUUGGUGAGACUGUGACUUUGCCAUGCCGUGCUAAUCACAGCACAGCUCGCAUGUUCUUCUGGUACAAACAAACUCCUGGACAGAAGCUAAACCUCAUCGUUAAGCUCUACAAGUUUAAUCACGAAGGCGAGUUCAGUGAUGAAUUCAACAACAAUGAAAAAUAUUUGCUGGACACUAAAGGUGGAAGGUUUCACUUGACGAUCUCAGAUUUACAGAUUUCAGACUCUGCGACGUACUUUUGCAUGGGCAGUAGUGCACACAUGGUAGGAUUUGGAGAGGGCGCCACGGUCAGUGUGAAGGGUUCAGGUUUGGACGUUAAAACGUUGCUUUACCAGUCAGAAUCGGAGACAUUCCAGCCAGAAGAUGAUGUGUCUUUGAACUGUACAGUACACACCGAUAAUGCUAAUGGAAGCCAGAGCAUUUACUGGUAUAGAAACACAGAAGAACCCAGUCCAGGAUUAUUUUAUGUCAAUGAAGGCAAGAAUGAUCAGCAACAGAUGAACGCAAGCACUCAAACGUGUGUGUACCACCAACCAAGUGAGAAUUGGACUCAUACUGGGACUGAUGCCUGUGCUGUUGCCUCGUGCGGACUUGUACUGUUUGGCAAUGGGCCCAAGUUAAAAGAUGAAGUGAGUUGUCCCUCUUCUCUGGUGUAUAUUUUGAGUGGAGCUUUGGUGUUCACCAUCACUCUCAGUCUUUUAUUGGCUUUCUUGGUCUACAAGUUGAAGAAAAGAGACCACUGUCACUGUACAGGACUGACGACAACAAACUUGGAUUCUGCCACAAAUAGCGUAGAGGGUCAUCAAGAUGCCGAUCAUCUCCAUUAUGCUGCUCUGAGGAAACAAACGUUCAAACGACCCAGAAAGCAGACGAAUGAUUCCAUCACUGAAUGUGUGUACUCCAGUGUAAAGCAGUAAAGAUUCACUCAUUUCACAAAAGUUGUAUAUUUCUUUAAAAAUUAAAAAAAGAAAACUGCUUUCAAGACCACAUAAGAACUGAUUGUCAAUAGAAAGAGUUGAAUAGCUGCACAAUGACUUUUUCAAGCUUGUUCUAUUAGUAUUAUUUUAUCAGCACCUCUUCUAUCUCUCUCUCCAAGUGUGGUUCUAAUGAAAACUGUUUCAUCUGUAUUUCACUGGUUCCCACCACGCAUAACUUUUUGCAUUUAGUACCAAAACUUUCAAUUCUGAUUUCAUUUGACCAGAACAUUUUCCUCUGCAACUUGGCUGUGUCCGCAACGUGUCUUGCGGCAAACUGCAGAUGGGACCUACGAUGGCUUUGUUUCAGUAACAGUUCUCUUCUUGCCACUCCUGCAUAAAUGUGCAUUUUGUGGGUGCACAGCUGAGAGAUAGCUGUAAAUAGAUUGUCCCAUCGAAGUUGUGGAUCUCUGCAGCUCAGCCAGACUAAUCCAGUACAUUUACUGAGAUUAGGCUGCACACAGGUGGCUUCAUUUAAGAAUUUGGUGGCUUCUGAAGACACUUGUUUACACUGGAUUCUAUUUUGGGGGAUCAGAGUGAAUGGGUAUUUUCAUUUUUUUAUUUGUAAACAAAUCUAAAAACCACUUCCUUCCCAAUGAUGCUGAACACUGUGUUGCUCCAUAUAAAAUCUCAAUAAAAUACUUUUACAUGUGUG